AGGGUGGCGAGGCCCCGCCCCGGAAAUGCGUGUUCUAGCUUUCUGUGUGCUUAGGCGCCCGAGCUACUGAGGGUCUAAGUCCGGGCAGCCGAAGAGUGUGGUUAGCAAGAUGAACAAAGAUGCGCAGAUGAGAGCAGCGAUUAACCAAAAGUUGAUAGAAACUGGAGAAAGAGAACGCCUCAAAGAGUUGCUGAGAGCUAAAUUAAUUGAAUGUGGCUGGAAGGAUCAAUUGAAGGCACACUGUAAAGAGGUAAUUAAAGAAAAAGGACUAGAACACGUUACUGUUGAUGACUUGGUGGCUGAAAUCACACCAAAAGGCAGAGCCCUGGUACCUGACAGUGUAAAGAAGGAGCUUCUACAAAGAAUAAGAACAUUCCUUGCUCAGCAUGCCAGCCUUUAAGAUUGAAUUAGAUUGUGUUGUUUUGUGGUCUUAUUUCUGAAAGUAAAACUUGCCAUAAAUUAGGAAUCGCUUUCCCAAAAUAAAAUCCGUUUUUGUAUGAUGGUAUACAGUUUUCGGUAAUGAUGUAUACAUUGUAUUGAUUUUUUUUCCCCUAAAUGUGUUAUUUUAAUAAAUAUCUCAUGAAUGAGUUUGAAGUUUCCUUGGAUCUUGGAAUAAAUGGGACUUUUCAACAAUGCACCAGAUUUGUUGAGAGAAAGUCAUCAAAUAAUAUAGUUUGUUAAGUAUGUACAUGUUUCUGUGCUAACAACUGAGGAGAAAUAAGCUGCCUCUUCUGAUUGUCUAGAUAUGGUGUGUUUCUCUGAAUCCCUAUACUAUUUUAUAAUACAUGUCCCAUCUUGUA